UUUUUUGGAUAAAUGGAGGUUUAGCUGACAUGAGAUUUGUUCCUUGACUUAAAAAUUUUCUAGUGAUGCAUAUGCCUAACAAGAACGUGGCAUCAUCUUCAAUGGGUCAAAUGCAAUUUUUAUUAUUGCCUUAUUCUUAGGGGAGCCAUUUAUGUCCUUCCUAGAAGAUAUUGUUCUAUUUAGUCAUGGACCGUGAAGAGAGAAUUAAAAAUGCAUGCAAGAAGAUUGUGGAGUGUAUAAAUGCCAUGUCUUUUGUGAACUUGGAUGACCAACGGGUGCAUUCACUAGUGAUGAUGAGAGAAAUAGCACGUGGGGUUGUUGAAAAUCGAGACAGAAAGGUCACUAAGAGUGAUGUGACUAGAGCUUUGCACUCUAGUAUUGAAAAGAUGGCCAGUGCAUGCAGGGAUAUUGUGUAUAAAUUAAGUAAGAUGUCAUAUAAAGGCUUAGAUGAUGAACGGAUUCAAUCAUUAUUAAGGGUGAAAGAGAUUGCAUGUAAACAUGCUAAAGUUGCUAGUGUUGGGAGUGAUUUGCUGAUUAGGGAAAGCUUGGUUGGUGAGGAAACACUGACAAGCAACAACAUUGAUGCCCUGGUUGGAGGAGCAGAAAUUAUGAUGAUUGAAGGGUCACUGGAGGUGGAAGCUGAGGUACAAAAUGAAGAUGGUCAUAACGCGGUGCAGAAAAGGCCUGUGACUAGGGCAAAACGUGCCUGUGAUAAGGGUGUGCAAGAUAGAGAGGCACAAAGGAAGAUUCUUGAAGAUGAGCCGGUAGAGGUCGAAGCUCAGUUAGGAAAUGAAGAUGAUCAAAAUCAGGAGCAGGAGGCUUUGUCACAACCACCGCUUCCGCAAGCUCUUAUAUGGCCUGCAGAUGACCGGGUAACGUUACAGUGGAUUCAGGAUGUGACAUCCACCAUUAAGCAGUUUUCAGAUAAUCACACCCCCUCCGAGUUUCAUUCUAUUAUGCCAAUUGCUGUGGCAAAUAAACUUAUUGAUAGUGCUUCAAGUAUCCUUUCCAAAGAACCAAACUGUGUGGAGAUUGAUUGCCAUGGAGAGGAUUCAAGAGUUGUUGUUGUGGGUGACAUUCAUGGUCAGUUCCAUGAUUUGCUUUAUGUCCUUGAAAAUGCGGGGUUUCCCUCCGAGAAUCAGUUCUACGUCUUCAAUGGGAACUAUGUAGAUAAAGGAGCAUGGGGUUUGGAGGUAUUUUUGCUCCUAUUGGCUUGGAAGGCUUUUAUGCCUCAUAGAGUAUAUCUACUCCGCGGGAAUCAUGAGUCAAAAGAAUGCACAUUGACUUAUGGUUUUGAGAAGGAGGUGAAGACCAAAUUUGGUGAUCAAGGUGAAUAUGUCUACAAUAAAUGUCUGGAGUGCUUUAAAGUGCUUCCUUUGGCCUCAAUUAUAGCUGGAUCUGUUUAUACAACUCAUGGAGGGCUUUUCCGUAGUAUACGCAUUGCCUCAUCACGAAGAUCUAGAAGAAAAAGGAUACGGAGGCUAGAACUUGGUUCUUUAAAUGAGUUAUCUGAAGUUAAAAGAUCUCUUAUCGACGGUCCUUAUGAAGGCUUGAAUAUAUUAUUAGCUGAUGUGCUAUGGUCAGAUCCAUCACUUAGACAAGGUCUAAGUAAAAAUAAAGCUCGAGGACGGGGUUUAUGGUGGGGUCCUGAUUGCACUGAAGCUUUCUUGAAAAUGUCCAAGUUGAAGUUGAUCAUAAGAUCACAUGAAGGCCCUGAUGUGAGGGCUGGUCAGCAUCAUCUUGGUGAUAUGCUAAGUGGGUAUUGCAUGGAUCAUGAUGGAGAAUCAGGGAAGCUAUAUACUCUGUUCAGUGCUCCAGAUUACCCACAGGUUGAGUUUGGUAGAAAGCUGUAUACAAAUGAAGGAGCAUAUGCCGUACUUAAGUCGCCUAAUUUUGAAAGUCCUUCCUUCCACUCAUUCAAAGCUGUAGAAAGACCAAAGGCAGAUCCCUUUUUCACUGUUGAUGACGAAGAUAAGAAGGCAUCAUCUAAUCAUGAAGAUGAGAUAGCUUCGGAAGAUGUCGAUGAUGAGAUAGAUUUAGGUGAACAAGACCUUACAUCAAUGCAAGCACAGACCUCAACCGCUGCGAUCUCUUCAUCUCAAAAAUCUUCUCCAGUUGGGAUGACUUCUGAGGUCGACUUUGAGGCGCUUGGCAUUUCUAAUCCCCCUUCUUGGACUGUUCUGUUGCCAGAUGAUGUGGAUGGCACCAAACUUGUUCAAGUUCCACAGGCUCCUGAGGUAGAAGGGCUGCCACUGCCUCCCAACUUAGAGGAGCCUCACAAAUCUGCUUAUGAGUACUUUUUCAAGCUUAUUGCUGGCCUAAAGCAUAUGCUUCAAACAAGGGAAACUGAGACUAAGGUCCAAAAGAGGCGGCGACACGGUUAGGUCAGCCGUCAGCCUGCGGCCAAGGCAGUUGUGUCCCAAUUGCACGAUAUGUCGGGCAUCAUCAGGAAAAAAAAAAUCUGGAAAUUUGUUAAAAUGACAUAUUGAUGAAUUCCAUGUACCAAUCUGACUCACCGAUUUGUUGUAUAUGUAACUAAACACUAUUGAGCCUUUUGCAUAAAAAUUGCGAAGGAGUUGAUUUUGAUUUUUGUAUAUGGGAUCUUUCUUUCAGUAGAAAUACGUAACAGUACACCAUUAUAUU